AUGGCAAUAAUCGACAGUUCAAGCUGCCUGAAGUCUUGGAGGUUUCCUGCCCGUGUUGGCCUACGUGGCUCGCCGCACCGGACGAGAGCACUGUCCUCUGGGACUCGGUCCUCUCAUCGGCCCAUCUGCCCCACGCGGGGAUACCGAGGAGCUUGUCGCAGGUCACUCCCUGGGACGACAGCGGCUGAAUGUGCCUCGAAUUUGAAGAAGAUUUAUACAGUACAAACAGUCCAGGAUUUCUGGAGCGUCUACAACAACAUUCCUCCUGUGACAAAUUUGCCUCUGAGAUGUAGUUACCAUUUAAUGCGGGGAGAAAGACGGCCGCUUUGGGAAGAAGAAAGCAAUGCCAAAGGAGGUAUAUGGAAAAUGAAGGUCCCUAAAGAAAGUACGGCUGCAGUUUGGAAAGAGCUACUGUUAGCAACUAUUGGAGAGCAGUUUACGGAUUGUUGUGCAGCAGAUGAUGAAGUAAUAGGGGUUAGCGUCAGCGUUCGUGACCGUGAAGAUGUUGUGCAAGUCUGGAACGUGAAUGCCUCCUUAGCAAGUGAAGCAAAAGUUUUAGAAAAGAUACAUAAACUUCUGCCACACACACCUUUUAAAGCGGUCUUUUAUAAAUCACACAGAGAGCAUCACGCUUUUGAAGGCCGAUGUGGAAAACGUUAAGUGCAGCCUGUGCCAAGCUCGUUCGUUGUUACUUGGUGUUUUGAGGUGGUCUGGAGAAGGACGGUGGAAGCCCUGUGGAAGCGCUACACGCAGCGGGCCCUUUUGAGUUUCUAACAUUUCAAACUGGGCUGUUGCUACUGAAAAUGAGGAAAAACAGUUGCCUUGACCGCUAAAUGCGCAAUACGUUACUUCUUGCUUGGUUGGGUUUUUUUAAUUCUUCGUCGUUUCUUUAAAAAGAUAUUGUGGCCACUUGUUGUUUCAAUCAGAUGAUAUUUGUUCCUAUUUCAUUAAGAUAGCAGGCUUUCAUUUCUUCUGCACUGUACUUAGUUAAAUGCAAACGUGCACAAAGAUGGUAUGCUGCUUUUCCUGGAUGCGCUGUACGUAGAGGAAUACUGGCUUGGUGAAAUGUGUUUUCAGUUUUCAUUUUGAAACAUUCCUAUCGUGUUAAGAUUUACUCACUGGUUUUGUCCCAAGAGAGAAAGAAAUUGCCCUGCAUUUAUCCUCGUAUUCAAUGUAAUCUGGUCUUGCACUGACAACAGCACGCAUACUGUAAAUGUAAAUAGUAAAGUGUUCACUAAACGAGCGACUAAAGAGAACACAUUUAUAUUGGGACUAACCCUGUGUGGGAUGAUGUUAAUGUGCUUUAACUGUAUUGAUUUCAGAAGAGCCCUUGUUCAGACUAGAAUGAGAAAUCUUUCAGGAGGAAACCCUGCAAACUCCACACCUCUCUUAUUGAAGAGGGGGUGGAUUUUUUUAAUGUUUUUAUAUUGUAUGCCGCCUUGUGAUAUUUUUCUGUACAUUCAUGAAAGUGUCAUGAAUCAUUUCCAAUGCAUUAGACUAACUAGAUCCAUCCCUCACACUUCUCUGAGUAUUUUAGGCCCGUGCCUGCACCCACAAAGGUCAGUAUCAGAAUUGCUGUUGACUUCAGUGCAGAGGAAGAGAUCCCAUCACGUGUAGUUUCAAGCCAUCGUGACUUCCUAAGCGGCCUUUUUAAAAAAAAAAAUUAAAAAAAAAUACAGAAAAGAAAUGGAUUUUGUGUGGCAGCAUGAAUGUGAAUACAAAACACCUUAAUCUUUAAUUAUUUGCCUAUAUUAAUUCUUUGAGGCGUUGGUUUGUUUUAAUAUACUACCGAAGAUUGAUAUAGUUCCUUUUACAAGAAGAAGCUGCAAGGUAGAGAUGAACGUACGCUCCACUGAGCAUUACUUCAUUGUUAAGAGGCUUUUGUUUGGCAACUGUUCAAGUUGCACCGAUUUCCACAUCUUUACUAUAUUAAGAGGCAGCCAUUAAAAUCAAAUAAAUUUAAAAAUAAGGAUCGCACAUUUGAGAUUUUGUUUUUUAUAACUUCAUCUGUAUUUAUGAAUUAAAACUGUGCAGUUAAUGAGCAUUAUUAAUUAAACAAAUUUUCUAAAAUCCAAA